AACCGAAGAACAUGUCAGGGCCAUGUUCGGAUCAGCGACAGGAGAAAUAGACUUAAACAAGUUUAAAGACACUUUAAACAAACUUAAUUUAGGCCCGGCCUUGCAGCGCGCGCUGUCUCUAAACGUCAUGAAAGAUGAAGCUGAAAAAAUGAAGUCUAGCAACACUGCAGAACAAGGGGCUGAAAAUUCAAACGCUGGUAACACUGUAGCGAAAACGUCAGAAAAAAUAAACAGUUCAAAUCCGUUGGAUGCUGCGUUUGAGAAAUUGAAACGCGAUGGAAAGAAUACGGUCGAUAACCUCAUACAAUGGAUGAAAGAUUCAAAAAUAAUCACCAGUCAGGAACUGGAAACCAAAGCCAGGGCGAUGUUCGACGGAGCUGCAGACAAAACGAAUGUAGAACUCGACAAAUUCAAAGAAGUGGUCGAAAACAUGACAGCCGGUACUAAAAUUAAAUUAGACGGGCUAGCUAACACAUUGCUGACACAAGCACCAAGGUUCCUCGGCGCGUUUGGAGCCGCCACCAGCGCUUUCAAAGACGCCUUCGAGAAGAGUUGA